CUUUGCCAGUUCGGACGCAUUUCUUGGCAUACCGCGCGGUCCAUAGGAACCAUUUAACCAGAGCUGGCACAAUUAGACCCCUUGCUGUUCUCAAGGGGUACUCCGUUAGGGUAGACUAGUAAGUUGAAAGUACACAGUAGGUUUUUGCUCAAUUCAAACCCGACGUAUCGUAGCCGUGCGUGCUUGAGUGAAUGUGUGUAUGUAGGUACUUUGCUAGUGCGCUAACGUUAUUGGUGCCUCUGUUACACAGCGGGUGACAGUACUAGUUUCUUUCUACCAGCCCUCAUUUGUUUAUCCGAAGACUCGUGGCGGUCGUGUCGGAUGGUUUGCUGUUAGUUGACGAAUAUCGAAAAUUAAUCAUGUAUUGCUAAUUUCAUCAGAAGAAAAGAGGGAGAAAUUCAACAGUCAUCAUACCUGAGGAUCAUUAUGAAAAACUAGAAAUUUGGGUGAUAGUCAUCGCUUGUUCUUCGAGGUGUGUCUUAACGAAUACAGUUCACGGUUGGUCGGCAAGGUAUACUACAAAUUUUACCGACGGAUGUAUCAGCAUACCGAACCCUACCUUGGAAUGAAAAGAAGGAAAGUAAAUUCGUGUAACUAAGUGCGUCAAAUUUUGGAACGAAGAAAAGCUAAAAGCAGAAUGUUUAAUGAUCCGUGCGGCCCUAUUUAAUUUAUCACUUGAAGUGAGCCUCGAGCGCUUACCUGGUUCAGGCAAGAGUUAAUUUCACGCUUGAAGUUUGUCCCUCGGCGCGUUUCGAGUGAGAAUAACUGUGGCAGAAGGAAACCUUUGCAUCAAAUUUCCUAUUCCUGAAGGCACCGACGAGUCAUUAAUCAUACGAAUUCAAUGCCUAACCAGUGAAAGAGUAGAGUGCGAGUGAAAAAAUUUAAAUUAUUGUCCCUACGGAAAUUGUUUUGAUUUUCCAACGGCAAAGUUCCGACCAGGGAUGAAAAUCCCCCACGGCAGACGGUAUGUUAUUGGAAAGAGCGCAAAAUAAAGUGUGAUGUUGUUGAUUGGGGCAAACGGGUCGUUUUCGCUGACCGAUACACCUGUGUUGUGUGCUAGCUGCUGCCUGAACAACGGAAAGCAAGAGAAAAAAAAGUAGCGGAAGCUCUUUUCCUGUCGUCACUUCGUCACACGGUGACUACAACGAUACGACUAUAGCCUGCCAUCGUAAAACAACAAAGUGCUGAUAAUCACACAACCGGAUGGCAGAUAAACGUUUCAACAGUAUUUAAUACCGCACAAUCAGCGGCAAUAUCAGGGCAAUCGCACGGUAAAACCCUCUCCAUCCAAACCUCGACACGCUAUGACUAGCGGUUCUCCUACUCAGACGCCGCCGAAUCGAGAUAUUCAGCUCGUGUGCCUCAUUCCCGAAAGCCGACACCGAUGAGGACACCGCCGCCGACCGUCACGGAAGCAUGCAUUCGGACUGCAAGCGUCACAAAAAUGUCCCACUUCGCCAACAAUGACCAUUAAUCGCGCCGGUAAUGAUGUUCUGCGACAUCUUGCUUUGCGUCUGCUAAAAGUUUCAUCAAUUAGUUUGAAUACCACCGGAUUCGGUUUCAGCCAAAUCGGAUGCACCAUCCAAAGGAAGGGAAUAUUUAUCGAUACUAGCAAUAGCAAUACCGGCAAAGGAACCUUCCGGUGGCUACAGGUGCUAUGUGUUCUUCUAACGGUUAUCAUCCCUAGUAACGGCCCAAGUUACGCCAAAAAUGAAAAGGAAAAUUUCGUCAAAACAACCGAUGUCGAAGCAAUCGAAGACCACCAGGCAAUACUGUACUGUCCUCUUCUAACAUCCAAUCGAGAUAAAAUCAAUAUGGUACUGUGGUUCCGAGACAACGCUGGCAUCCCUCUGUACAGCCUAGACGUUCGGGGGAAGUCUCUGGAUGACGCACAGCACUGGUCCGCCCCUCAAGUCUUCGGUACACGAGCACGUUACGUCAUUGAAAGUGAUCCAGCAUAUUUGGAAUUAAAUGAAAUUAAACGUCAUGAUCAAGGUGUCUAUCGGUGUCGUGUUGAUUUCCAGAACAGCCAAACACAAAGCUUUCGUUUCAAUCUUACCGUCAUUAUUCCACCCGAGCCGCCGGUGAUACUGGAUCGAUGGGGACGCAUCAUAAAUAGUACAAUAAUAGGACCAAAGGAGGAAGGAGAUGAUAUACUGCUCACUUGCCGAGUGGUUGGAGGAAGACCACAACCCGACGUACUCUGGUUUAUCAACGAUAAUCUGGUGGAUAACCAGAUCGAGCAAAACACCGGCAAUGUCAUCGAGAAUCGACUGCUGUGGACGUCGGUUCAGCGACAUCACCUGCACUCGGUAUUCACCUGCCAGGCCACCAACACAAAGCUGAUGCCACCCCGCUACAGCAAGUUCGUGCUAGAUAUGUACCUAAAACCCCAAUCCGUCAGAAUCCUCAACUCAACGCUCUCGUUGGCCGCCCACAAGGAGUAUCGGAUCGUAUGUCAAACCAGCGGCUCCCGCCCUGAUGCUGUGAUAUCGUGGACGAAAGGCAAGAAGACACUGAAACGCUUCAAAGAGCACGUGGUACGGAACGUGACAAUUUCCGUGCUCAACUUCGUCCCGACAGUGGAAGAUGACGGACGGCUGCUCGGGUGCCGUGCAGAAAACCCGAAAGUUCCUGGUCUCUAUCUGGAGCAGUUUCAAAACAUUAGCGUUCACUAUCCACCAGUAGUAAAUCUUCAACUAGGAUCGACGCUUUCCAUCGAUGACAUUAAGGAAGGUGAUGAUAUCUACUUCGAAUGCAGAAUACAAUCAAAUCCAUCGUGGCGGCGGCUUGCCUGGCUGCAUAAUGGCGUACAACUACCUCAGAACUCAUCGUCGACGAAAAUUGUUCGUUCGAACCAGAGUCUGGUGAUUCAAAAGGUGACACGUAGCUCGAGCGGGGCCUACCAGUGUGGUGCGCUAAACACAGAGGGCGAAACGCUAAGCAAUGCUAUCGAGUUGAACAUCAAGUACGUUCCGAUCUGCUCCACCGACAAGAUCAUCAGUCUGGGUGUAUCGAUCGACGAAACUGUGCUGAUAAGUUGUAACAUCAUAACACAUCCCCCCGCAAGCCGGUUCUAUUGGCGGUUCGAAAAUUCCGAAGAAGUCAUCGAAAUUGACCCUGCCAGGUAUACCAACAACGGUACCAGCAGCCAUCUGGAUUACACCCCAAGUAGCGAACGGGAUUACGGUACACUAUCCUGCUGGGGAACGAACGAAAUCGGAACGAUGGCCGAACCGUGCAUCUAUCAGCUAAUUACGGCUGGUUUGCCGACUUCGGUAAUUAACUGUAGCUGGAAAAAUUACAGCGACACGAUAGAAAUCAACUGUCACGCCGGAUAUGACGGUGGACUUCGGCAAAAUUUUGUACUAGAAAUGCUCUCAAAUCACAAUCCCGGUUUCGGAAUCAAUCUAACUAAUAUGGAGGAACCCACAUUCACUACAUCGUUCAACGCGCUCCGUGAGCAACUGCCAAAUAUUUAUCAGUCGGAUUCGCUCAAACUAUUCGCAUACGCCGUAAACCAAAAAGGCAAAAGUCCUCGAGUUUUUAUUACCGACCUAUUCGUGCCAGCCGUCGAAGAGCGGGAUCAAACUGGCAACCAGAAGUCGUCCCUGCUCACACCGAUUCUGAUCGGACUGCUGCUGACUAUCGGACUCAUCAUUGUAGUAAUAGUUGUAAGAAUUUACUUGAAAUCCAAAAGACUUAAGCAAACUAUUGGUAAGGAGAAACGUUAUACGGAGGAGUCCAAAAAUACGCUGCUAUUGAUGGAUCAACCUAAGAAGGACAAAUCUCAAAAGGCUUCUAAGUGGAAAAAUAGCAUGACUAGUAGCAUAAAAACUAGGAAUAAGAUCGAAACUAUAGACGAUGAACAAGAUCCCGACUUGAUUCCGUACCCACGUCUUACCGACAUUCAGCAAGAGGAGCUGAUCCCAAUGAACUCGGACAUCUCAUUCAAGCCGAAAACGGUCCGACUGCCAACGGUCACAGCAGCAACCACGUCCACCGCAUCCACCACCACCAUCAGCUUUCGGAACGAGGACAUUUCUGAGGCAGAAAUCAAUCUGAAAGGAAUUGAAGACUUCCUGAUGACGAACCACGUACCGGAAAGCUGUGUGUGAUACCAACCGGGCCGGCUCCAAAUGCGGAUGGUGUAUGCGAAUAAAUUUUCCAACACAGUUUCCCAUUUUCACUCCCACUCCUUCCCUUCCUCUGGUAUGCGAAGCUCUGGGGAAGGUUGUGUUUUCUAUUGUAUUGCCACUUUUUCGUGUCUAGCUUGUAAGUUUUGAAUGUGCUUGAGUGCUGUGGACGAUAUCUGACGUAUAUAUAAAUGUAUAUGUAUAUGGAAAAACCCAACAGAUAACGUUAUGUGAACCCUUUUGUUUUUUUUUUUGUUUCUACGAACGAUACGAUAUGGCUCUAACAAAUGAAUUCGUGCUGCUGAUAAGAUAAACAAAGCAAACGAUACGCAGAGCGUCAGGCCGCUUUCUCUUAGAUUAAGAAAACAAUGCAGAUACAGCGAGAAAUUUAAAACAAAAAAAAUAAAAGACGACAGAAAAUGAAAACAAUAAUUUAGAAUGCAAAUCAGCAUAGCAGCAACAAAGCAGAUACUAGUGAAAUUAGAUAAAAAAAUAAUAAUAAAAAUCUGUAUUCAAUAUGGAAGUGUACCUAAAAGAUAUAUUAUUGUAUCAUUAUUGCUAUUGAAAGUAUUAUUGAAAGAAUUGUUUGUACAAUAAAGAGAUUUUAUAGGAAA